UUGGAACAAAACUCGAGUGUCCAGCGAAAAUUUACCCCAGUUCGUUUUCGCCGUCGGGGCGGCGACUUCUUCCUCCAAAGUGCCGGCGUUUCAAAUCAUUCAUUUGCAUGUAAUAACCAGUUAAAUCUGCAUUCAGCGAAGGAUGAUCAACUUCUGCAAUGUAUAUUUAGUUCUAUUAUUAGCAUUUCUAACGGAAUCGAUGAUGGCCGGCGAAAAUGGACAGGCCCUGGAAAAUCAUUCCACAGGAGGCUGUGAAGACAAAAAUUGGGCACUUGUUCCUUAUGAAUUGACACACAUUCAGCUCUUUCCAUCUUUUAAGGAGAAAACUAGGAAAUUCAAUUUCAAAGGUAUUGAGGACGAAAUCACCAUUUAUCAGGACUGGGAUGAGAAAGGUGUUGCAGCUGUUGUCUGGGAAGCAGCCAUUGAACUCUCCAAUUACAUCAUAAAAAGAGAAGAAAUGAAAGGAAAAACUGUUCUGGAACUUGGAGCUGGAACUGGACUAGUUGGAAUAGUUUGCAGUAAACUUGGUGCUAAAGUAACUGUAACCGACUUGAAAGAAGCACUGCCGUUUUUAUCAAAAAAUAUUGAUAAAAACUUUCAAAAUGAUGACAAAAUGGCUCCAAAAGUGCAAGAACUAAAAUGGGGAGAUAAUUUGAAUUUAUAUAAUCCUAAGGAUUAUGACAUCAUUAUUGGUGCUGAUGUCAUUUACAUUGAAGAUACUUUUGGAGAUUUAUUGGAUACUAUUUGUUAUCUAUCAGGGGUUAAAGGUUAUGAAUCUAGUUUGUAUAGCAAUGGAAAUAUAGCGCAAAAUAAAAAACCAACUACUCUUUUAUCUGCUAAAAUGAGAUAUACAAGAGAAGCGAAGUUUAUCAAUAAAUUAAAAAAGUUUUUAAAUGUUGAAAUGGUGUUCAGUAAUUCUGACACAAACAUUGAUAUUUAUAAAGCUUUGCCUUCAUGAUGAUUUAAUAUGUUUGAAUUUUGUCCUUCUUGCUGCUAUUAUAGCCCAUUCUUGGCACCAAUAAAUCAUAUUUAUAUUUUAACUGCUUUCAUGCAACCAUGAUUGAUUGAUAUGACCCAUCCAUCCCUGUGCUGGCAGAUAGACAAGAAGCUAUGGUUCACUAUAACAUUGACAUAUUUUAAUCAAGGCUUAUUCAUUCAAAGUCUUAUUAUUCCUUAAUUUUAUCUAUCCUUCUGAUUCGUUUUUAUUAACAAUUUAAAUGUGUAAUUUUUAAAAUUUAGGUCUACCAAGAAUAAUUUUUUAAUCCAUAUGCAUGAACUCAAAAUCAAUUUGCCACUUGCUUUAUUUUAUUAUUAUUAUUAUUUUACAUUUUCAAUUUAUCAG